CCUGGAGAACAAGGGGAGGUUUCCCACCCACAUUGGAGCGGCCCUGGGUGCGGACCUGAGCCUGCGGGAGGAGGAGGCCGAGUCAGGCUGAGAGGAGCUCCCUGGACAGAGGGGCGCUCCCUCACCAUGCUGCCCCUUCUUGCCCUGUGUCUCCUGAUCGGGCCAUGGGUGUGCAGUGCAGUGGGAGACACAGAGGAAGCAGAGUCCUGGGUGACCGUGACCCCGAAGGGAAUCCCUGUCCCCAGCAUCAGGCUCCAGCUUCCGGAGGUGAAGAGAAGCAGGACUCGCCAGUUCUAUGGUCUGAUGGGGAAGCGGGUGGAGGGAAUACGUCCGAUCCAGCCAAGGGAGAGAAUGGGAUAUCAGCUGGGACGAAUAGUGCAGGACCUCCUUGGCACCAGUGGUCUGUCCAUAGAAGGAACCUGUGGACAGGAGGCACACCACCAGGCUGCAGGGCCCGGAGCAGUAGCCAGAGAAGGCCUCCAGAGUAAAGAGAAACACCAGACUCCUCUCAUCACCAGCAACUCGUAGGGUUGUCCCUAGGCCCAGAAGAGGACGGCCAGGGUUCAAAGUGAGCC